GGUGGGAGGGGGGUUGGCCUAGGUGGUCCGGAGUGGCAGGAAAGGAGGAAGAUGGCGGGGUGCAGGGGGUCUGUGUGCUGCUGCUGCAGGUGGUGCUGCUGCUGCGGCGAACGCGAGAGCCGCACUCCCGAGGAGCUGACCAUCCUUGGGGAGACACAGGAAGAGGAAGAUGAGAUCCUUCCAAGGAAAGACUAUGAGAGUCUGGACUAUGACCGCUGUAUCAACGACCCUUACUUGGAGGUAUUGGAGACCAUGGAUAAUAAGAAAGGGCGAAGACAUGAGGCGGUGAAGUGGAUGGUGGUAUUUGCCAUUGGUGUCUGUACUGGGCUGGUGGGCCUCUUCGUGGACUUUUCUGUGCGACUCUUCACCCAACUCAAGUUCGGAGUGGUUCAAACGUCGGUGGAGGAAUGCAGUCAGAAAGGCUGCCUCGCCCUGUCUCUCCUGGAACUCCUGGGGUUUAACUUAACCUUUGUCUUCCUGGCAAGCCUUCUUGUCUUGAUAGAGCCGGUGGCAGCAGGCUCUGGAAUCCCAGAGAUCAAGUGCUAUCUGAAUGGUGUGAAAGUGCCAGGAAUUGUCCGGCUCCGAACCCUGCUCUGCAAAGUCUUUGGGGUGCUGUUCAGUGUGGCUGGAGGGCUCUUUGUGGGGAAAGAAGGCCCCAUGAUCCACAGUGGUGCCGUGGUAGGAGCUGGCCUCCCUCAGUUUCAGAGCAUCUCCUUAAGGAAGAUCCAGUUUAACUUCCCCUACUUCCGCAGCGACAGAGACAAGCGUGACUUCGUAUCAGCAGGGGCGGCUGCUGGAGUUGCUGCAGCUUUUGGGGCCCCUAUAGGGGGCACCUUGUUCAGCCUGGAGGAGGGCUCGUCCUUCUGGAACCAGGGACUCACGUGGAAAGUGCUCUUCUGUUCCAUGUCUGCCACCUUCACCCUCAACUUCUUCCGCUCUGGGAUUCAGUUUGGAAGUUGGGGUUCCUUCCAGCUGCCUGGACUGCUGAACUUUGGUGAAUUUAAGUGCUCUGACUCUGAUAAAAAAUGUCAUCUCUGGACAGCUAUGGAUUUGGGUUUCUUCGUCGUGAUGGGGGUCAUUGGGGGCCUCCUGGGAGCCACAUUCAACUGUCUGAACAAGAGGCUUGCAAAGUACCGUAUGCGCAACGUGCACCCGAAACCUAAGCUCGUCAGGGUCUUAGAGAGCCUCUUGGUGUCCCUGGUGACGACUGUGGUGGUGUUUGUGGCCUCCAUGGUGUUGGGAGAAUGCCGACAGAUGUCUUCCACGAGUCAAACGGGUAAUGGCUCCUUCCAGCUCCAGGUCACAUCGGAAGAUGUGAAUUCAACUAUCAAGACAUUUUUCUGUCCCAAUGACACCUACAACGACAUGGCCACACUCUUCUUCAACUCCCAGGAGUCUGCCAUCCUGCAGCUCUUCCAUCAGGAUGGGACUUUCAGCCCCGUCACCCUGGCCUUAUUCUUCACCCUCUAUUUCCUGAUGGCAUGCUGGACUUUCGGCACCUCUGUCCCCAGUGGCCUCUUCGUGCCUUCCCUGCUGUGUGGAGCAGCUUUUGGACGUUUAGUUGCCAAUGUCCUGAAAAGCUACAUUGGACUGGGCCACCUCUAUUCUGGGACCUUCGCCCUGAUUGGUGCGGCGGCUUUCUUGGGUGGGGUUGUAAGAAUGACCAUCAGCCUCACAGUCAUCCUGAUUGAGUCCACAAAUGAGAUCACCUAUGGGCUUCCUAUUAUGAUCACUUUGAUGGUGGCCAAGUGGACUGGAGACUUUUUCAAUAAGGGCAUUUACGACAUCCACAUUGGGCUGAGAGGUGUGCCUCUUCUGGAGUGGGAGACAGAGGUGGAGAUGGACAGGCUGAGAGCCAGCGACAUCAUGGAGCCCAACCUGACGUAUGUCUACCCACAUACUCGUAUCCAGUCUCUGGUGAGCAUCCUGCGUACUACAGUCCACCAUGCCUUCCCAGUGGUCACAGAGAACCGCGGCAACGAGAAGGAGUUCAUGAAAGGCAACCAGCUCAUAAGCAACAACAUUAAGUUCAAGAAGUCCAGCAUCCUCACCCGUGCUGGUGAGCAGCGCAAGCGGGGCCAGUCCAUGAAGUCUUACCCUUCCAGCGAGCUGCGCAACGUGUGUGAUGAGCAUGUGGCUUCUGAGGAGCCAGCAGAGAAGGAGGACCUGCUACAGCAGAUGCUGGAGAGGAGAUACACUCCCUACCCCAACCUAUACCCUGACCAGUCCCCGAGUGAAGACUGGACCAUGGAGGAGCGAUUCCGUCCGCUGACCUUCCAUGGCCUCGUCCUGGCUCCCAGCUCACACCCUGCUGUGUAUUUACUCGGAAAUCAGUCCAGUGCCAGCCAACCACGCCUUUCUUAUGCUGAGAUGGCUGAGGACUACCCGAGGUUUCCGGACAUACAUGACCUGGACCUCACACUGCUGAAUCCCCGCAUGAUUGUGGACGUCACACCAUAUAUGAAUCCUUCACCAUUUACUGUCUCCCCCAACACCCACGUUUCUCAAGUUUUCAACCUGUUCAGAACCAUGGGCCUGCGCCACUUGCCGGUGGUGAAUGCGGUGGGCGAGAUCGUGGGGAUCAUUACACGACACAACCUGACGACUGAGUUCCUGCAGGCCCGGCUACGGCAGCAUUACCAGACCCUCUGACAGUUGAGCCCGGCUGCAGCCAGCCCACUGUCCCAGAGAUGCCUCUGCAGGUGGCCGGCACGAAGGCUCCCAGUCAACCAUUUGCUCAGAUGCCUGGAGUCCUGGAAGAUGGGGGUCAGAGGUUUUUGGGGAUGUGCUGAGCAGGAAGUUGGGGUUUUACUAAAUUCCUCUGUAAGAAUCUUCCAUUCCCCAGCUCCCCUAGAGAGAGAUCAGGGUGCUGUUGGGCUGGAUCCUAGGUGGAACUUGGUGCCUCUCUGUUGCUGUUUGUCGGAGAGCCCCGCUGUUGCCCAGACCUUUCCGGGAAGGAGUUGGACUGAGGCCGACACUGAGGAUCUUGUUUGCGUAUCAAGAAUUGGGCACUAAGAACCCGUCCCCAUGUCUGGGGAGGCCUGGGAUCAGAGCCAGGACCUCAUAUACACUCUGCCUCUUCAGUGGCCAUUGUUUUCCUUCUGUUUCCUAGGAGUGAGCUCAUGCUCUUGACCCUGGGGCUUGAAUGUUCUUAGAAUCAUUCCUGACCAGACCCCUGAUGCUAACAUUCCAGCUAACAGCCUCUAAGCAUUAAAUCCCACCACAGGAACCACAGCGUCUCCCCUCUGUGAGCAUUCAGUAGUCCCCACUCACUGCUUACACCUGCUCUCCCAGUGACCUGCGCUCUCCCAGGGUCAUUCCUUUCCUCUCCACAACCACUUGACUUUCUAAGCCUUCAUCUCUCUUCCUGGUGGGGCAGCUGCAACUUACCUUGGAUUCAUUCCCAAAGUUAGGCAAAAUUGAGGAACCCCUAGACAGAGCCACUGCCCAGAGCUCUAGCAAAUUUGGGAUUGCUCUAAAAGCUGGCAAGCAAGCUGCCCUGAGCCAGGGCCAAUCAAGGUCCGACCUUAGCAGAAAGCCAGCAGCUCCUGUCAUGGUCACUGCUCACGCUCAGCUUCCCCUCCACUCCCCACUCAGCCCUCUUCCUGAGGACUUGGCGAGGAACCCGUCUGUGCAGCUGCUGGUCUCAGGGCUGGGGAGGGGAUGCUCUUGCCCUUGUGCCUCACCACAUCAUGGCUUCUUUCUCUCCUGGCUGCUGGUCCUCUCUGAGUCCGCACUUCAGUGAACACCUGGGUAGGACAUCGCAUUCAUCUUCCUGCAACCCAGGGCCCCUGUGGCAGCUGCUCUUGGGUACAGGUGGCAUUCAUUUGUGUUGGAUACUUUUUAAACCAUGGAACUUGCUGGAGGGCAUCUGUGCUAAGCCUGGCUUCUAGCGGUGAGACCGCCAGGCUUGGCAGAGUCCCCUGACCAGCACUUGGGAAAUUGUUCCACCGCCUUGGUUGGGGGCUACCUUGGAUCUUUAGGUCUGACAGUGACCCUGGCCCUCUGUUUUCCCCAUUUGAUUAUCUUUUUAUCAGACUUACUCUGUUUUCAGCUUCUAACUUGGGGUGGGAGUGGGAGUGUGGGAGGGGGAGGGGGUUGAAACCUCCCCACAAGUACUUGGAAAAAUAGCUAAGCGGGGUUGUGUUUGGCCUGCUGCCAGCUUCAUUUUAUGGCUGAUUUCAAUGCCUGCCCUGCUUUGUGCUCCACCAAGAAGGAAACCAGUUGCCCACACUAAGCAAAGCAUGACACACCACAGAAUUAUCUUCCAGCCUAGUGGGUUUGCAGAGUUGUAGCCUGUGGAGGAAGGGCCUCAGUCCACAGCUUCCUCUGUGUGUGUGUGUGUGUGUGUGUGUGUGUGUGUGUGUGUGUGUGUGUGUGUGUGUGCGCGCGCGCAUGUACAGUCACCAUCAGUUUAGCCCAGAAUGGACAGGGUCCGCACAUCCUCACCCUGGAACUCAUGUUCCUCUAGGACACUCAGUUUUCUGUGUCCCUCCCUGCUGAACCUGCCUCUCCAGAAAAGCCCAAAGACAACAGCUUUUUCACCUGUGAACUAUAAGUGUAAGCCCUGGACCUCUUCUCCCAUGGCAGUCCCUUGGAACUAGUGACUUAGUCUCUUAACCUGUUGCAGCUCUGUUCCCCCACCCCACCCCCAGUGCCACAGCACCUUGUCAAACACAGCUCCUUGGAGGGACACCGAAGUUGGCUUGAGGCAGUUUUCCUGGCAUUUGUGUGGCUCCCUGGUACUGCUGUGGGAGUUUGGUAUUUUAUGAGAUGUCUGCAUGUGACCUUGUUAAGCAGUUCCAGCUGGAACGGACAUUAGCUUGACUCAGCUAGCCAUGUGACAUUUUGAUGCGGACCUUGGUGACAAGAAAGCUUCCGGAGAAGCCAGCACAGCCCUCCUGGCCCAGCCAUGUGGAUGUGGAGUGUUGCCCUCAGCUCCUGUGGACCUCAGUGACUGUCUGUCCAGCUGCAGCUUCUGUCUUUCUGUUUGUUCAUACUGUCUGUUUAUAUGGUAGCAUUAGCUGAUGCCACUGUGUACAUAAAUGGUACCUUUUUUUAAUUUGUAAAGGUCUAUUUUUAUUUGGCCCUUUGGAAGGUGGACGUUCUUGUGGUCACUCUUAAGUCAGAAUAAAAUGUCUGCACCUUCUCUGUA